GAGAGAAGCAAGCACUCAGUGUACAGAGACUGAAGGGGCAGGCGAGAGGGAGGGAGGCACUCAGCAGGCAGAGCAGAGAGACAAGGAGGGAGUGCAGGGCUUGGAGCUGGGUACCGCCGCGAACACCCUGUCCCAAUCCUCCUUCAUCCUUCCCAUCCCAGCCACCUUCCUUCCUGACAGCCACCGGAGCAGCAGCCGGACACAGACCCCUUCCAGACAGGACAGAGCCACAUUACUUGAACAGGGGAAAGCUCGAGGUGGUGGCCAUCCAGGGUGACAUUGCCGGGGAGCCUCCAGAACUCCAUUUGGCGAAGGCCUGCGCAAAGAGAUGGGUCCUGCAGUGCACCCUAAAGGUGUGUGACUGAACCAUGGAGCUCCGAGUGGGGAACAAGUAUCGGCUGGGCCGAAAGAUUGGCAGUGGUUCCUUUGGAGACAUUUACCUGGGUGCCAAUAUUGCCACUGGGGAAGAAGUUGCCAUCAAAUUGGAAUGUGUCAAAACCAAGCACCCCCAGCUCCACAUCGAGAGCAAGUUCUACAAGAUGAUGCAGGGAGGAGUGGGUAUUCCCUCCAUUAAGUGGUGUGGGGCAGAGGGUGACUAUAAUGUGAUGGUGAUGGAGCUCCUGGGACCCAGCCUGGAGGAUCUCUUCAAUUUCUGCUCCCGCAAGUUCAGUCUCAAGACUGUUCUGCUCCUGGCAGACCAGAUGAUCAGCCGUAUCGAGUACAUUCAUUCCAAGAACUUCAUCCACCGGGAUGUGAAGCCAGACAAUUUCCUAAUGGGGCUUGGCAAGAAGGGCAACCUGGUGUACAUCAUUGACUUUGGCCUGGCCAAGAAAUACCGAGACGCCCGGACCCACCAGCACAUCCCCUACCGGGAAAACAAGAACCUGACUGGCACGGCCCGCUACGCCUCCAUCAACACCCACUUGGGAAUUGAACAAAGUCGCCGUGAUGACCUGGAGAGCUUGGGCUACGUGCUCAUGUACUUCAACCUGGGUUCACUGCCCUGGCAGGGCCUCAAGGCUGCCACCAAGCGCCAAAAGUAUGAGCGUAUCAGUGAGAAGAAGAUGUCAACACCCAUUGAGGUGCUCUGCAAAGGGUACCCUUCUGAGUUUUCCACGUACCUCAAUUUCUGCCGCUCACUGCGGUUUGAUGACAAACCCGACUACUCGUACCUGCGGCAGCUCUUCCGUAACCUCUUCCACCGCCAGGGCUUCUCCUACGACUAUGUCUUCGACUGGAACAUGCUCAAAUUCGGAGCAGCCCGAAACCCUGAGGACAUGGAUCGGGAGCGGCGAGAGCACGAGCGAGAAGAGAGGAUGGGGCAACUCCGGGGUUCCGCCACACGGGCGCUGCCACCCGGCCCCCCUGCUGGAGCCACAGCCAACCGCCUUCGCAACGUCGCCGAGCCCAUGGCCUCCACGCCCGCCUCCCGAAUCCAGCAAUCCGGAAAUACGUCCCCCAGGGCGAUCUCACGGGUGGACAGGGAGCGGAAGGUCAGCAUGAGGUUACACAGGGGAGCUCCUGCCAACGUCUCUUCCUCUGACCUCACAGGGCGGCAAGAGGUGUCACGGAUUUCAGCGUCACAGACGAGCGUGCCAUUUGAUCACCUUGGGAAGUGAGGAGAAGAUGCCCCCGGACCAGUGUUUGCUUAGUGUCUUCACUGUAUUUUUCUUUUAAAAACAAAAACAAAAAAACCCCAAAAACAACAACAACAAAAACUUAAAAAAAAAACACAAAACAGUUUUUUUUUGGUUUGUUUUUUGCCAACACUGAGGAGAUGAGCUGCCCCCCCGUGCUGGCAUGAAACGUUUCUGAGCUCGCCACCUGUGUUCCCCAACACGAGCGCCUCCGAGAAGCCGACGACGCGGGAGCCCUGCAGAAAUGCCUCUGCUGCCUUUGUGCAGCUUUCCCCCCCAGCCCCACCUCAGCGCACCGUCUUCCCAGCUGACUGCACCCCGCCCUCCCUUGACUCUGCUCUUUUUAUUUUGUUUUUAAAACAACGUCCUGUCUUUUUUUUUUAAUUUUGGUUGAUUUUAAGAUCAAGUGGUUUCUAAUCCAAUUUUUUAAUUCACUUUUUUUUUGAGGGAGGGGUUACACUUGUUUUGCAGGAAUCUCCUGGGCAGGUAGAAAAUCUCUGAUUCCAGCCGUGGCUGGUGG